UGUGUAACGGAAGUUGUAGUUAGAUCUAUUGUAAAUGAAUUUGCGAUUGCGUUGCAUUGAACGCGCGAAAGUGACCGGUUCGAUCAAAGAGAUGCAUCGCGCCUCUUACAAACGAUCCGUGAAGAGAUUAAAAUGCAACGACGACAUUCACACGGGAGCAACUAUUCGAUAAUGAAAGAUCAGAGGUCGGGGCUGAUAAUGUCUGACAAUGGGUCCGGCCCGUCGUAACUGGUCAGUUCCCGCAGCGUCGUACGCGAGUAAACUACGAACUUACGACCAAAAAUCACGCGAGUCCAAUUAACGUAUUCGAUCAACAAAACACUUUCGAUAGUAUGAUAAGCCAGUGUCGCGUCGUCGCAGACACCCGAUCUACGUCCAUUGAAACUACAAAUAACGACGGAAAUCGUCACAGCAGGAAGUAUGGAUACUUGUUCAAUAACAUGGUGAUAGUGCCAUCCCCGGGCUCAAUAUGGGACUAUCCGUAUUUGAAUCAGGUCACCAGCAUGAUGGGAUUGGUUUACGGGACGGGACCGGACCCGAAACAAGAUUUUUUCCCCUCCAAAAGUUGGAUUCCAGAAUCACACAUGGAGAGUUCGUCGCGGUUCGAACUGACGAAACCGGAAGUGCAGAGCGCCGACGAAACGGAACUCGGUGAGGUGAAGACGACCAAUGUCGCGACGUCGACGCCAGGACAGCCCGGGAAUAUCCCCUGCAAGAACGGCGGAUGCAAGGCCCUGUCCAGCCCCGUGGAAUCACGUUUGGAAAGUCCCUGGCAUUUUCUCAAGACGAUCUUCCUGAUCUCGGUGAUCGUCGCUCUAGUCAUCUGGGUGAUCGUCUACACGUUCCUCGCUCAGUACCAAAUCCUGUGAAGAACCGAAUUGGGACAUAACAAGUAUGCAAAGUGGAAGGACGCGACGUUCGAAUCGAGAGAGAACAAGAAAGGUUUCUACGACUCUCCCUCCAUUUCGUUUGGACGAAGAGAAAGAGAAAAGAAGUAUCACCAUCUACUUGGUAUUCUACUUUCGAAAUGAAUCGAUGAUACGUCGAAGAGAAAUGAAAUUUUGCGAGGAAUGAAACUGAGACACAGAAUGCGGGGUACAAUUUUCACGAUUUUUCGAGUACGUUAAUUUACACAACUUCGUGAAAAAACAUAAAUUAUAAAGAAGUGACGAUAGACCCCGUUUUGUACAUUCGAUCAAAUCUUUAACAGACUCUACGAUGUCGCAAUUGUAUUAUAAUAAUAUUGUAAAUAUAUUUAUACACGAGACCAAUGUUUAUACUGUACGCUAGAAUAGUUUUAAACGUUUUCCUUGUACAUACGGGAAAUUAGAGAAACGUUUAAUCUCAUGAGGAAAAUGAUAUUCGAGCGUUUAGUAUUGAUAAUUUUAUUAUAUGUAUAUGAUCCUUUUCUAUUAACUGUUUGUAAUAUAACCAAAUAAAGUGUCACAGCAUGCUAAAUGAUUUUUCAAUACUGAUCUCCGAUCGACGGACGGCUGCGAAAUGAUCAACGUUUCAAAUAAAUUUUAAGAUAAACUCGAUAACGCAACGUUGCGAGACAUCGCGAUAAAAUCAAAUAAAUUUUCUUAUCAAGUUGUGUUAAAUUAACGUGUGUAUCGCGGGAGUCACGGAUGGCAAUUACAACGACAGUUUCGACCGAUAAACCGUCAUUACGGAUCAUUGGCCUUCUCUUGCAUAACCGGCAACGAUUUACGAUACUAAUUGUUCUGUUAAAAAUGAUGGAUCGCGAUAAUCUCUCGCGAACAAUAGCCUGAACUUUGCUGGAAGUUGUCCGCGAGAAUAUAUGACGCUCUGAGACAAAACGUGUUUUCGCAAGCGACGCGUCAUAGGACAAACACGAUGAGAAUCUGAUGGCAGAA